UUGCCUAUCAUUUAGAAGUAAGAACCAAAAGCGACGCGAGCCUUUUUGAAAUUUGAACGAAGGGAGCAACUGAGCAAGCAAGUGAAGUGAAAACCAGGAUUUGAUUAUUCGAAGAUCUGCAGAGAACUCCAUCUCUAAAGACCAAAUCGAGAUCAAGGCUCGAUCCGAAUCAAUCCUAGGUCCUUAAUCUGAAAGUCGAGAAGUAUUGAUUUCAAGUUUCAACAUGUCGAAUCUCCAAAGCGAUCAACUUUUGCAAAUGGAAACAACUUGUGGGUCCCUUCUAUAUGAGCUUCAGAUGAUAUGGGAUGAAGUUGGAGAAUCUGAAGCUGAAAGGGAUAAAAUGCUACUUGAACUAGAACGAGAAUGCCUAGAAGUAUAUAGAAGAAAGGUAGAUCAGGCAAACCGGUGCAGAGCACAGCUACGACAAGCAAUUGCAGAUAAUGAGGCAGAACUUGCAACAAUUUGCUCAGCAAUGGGUGAGCGACCAGUGCAUAUCCGACAGUCUGAUCAGAACUCUGGAAGAUUGAAGGAAGAGCUUGCAGCUAUUAUUCCACAAUUAGAGGAGAUGCGAAAGAGAAAAUGUGACAGAAGGAAUCAGUUUCUUGAAGUUCUUGAGCAAAUACAGAGAAUCUCAAAUGAGAUUUGCAAAUCAACAGAUUAUAAUUCUUCUAAGAUAGUUGUGGACGAAACUGACUUGUCCAUGAGAAAGUUUGAAGAGUUGCACAGGCAACUGCAUGCACUUCAAAAGGAAAAGAGUGAUCGCCUGAAACAGGUCCUGGAUCACUUGAGUACUUUGAACUCACUCUGUUUGGUUCUUGGCAUGGAUUUCAAGCAAACAAUUAAUGAGGUUCACCCCAGUUUGAAUGAUUCUGAAGGAACAAAGAACAUAAGUGAUGAUACAAUUGAGAGGAUGGACUCUGCAAUACAAAAGCUGUUGGAGGUUAAGAUAAAGAGAAUGAGAAGGUUGCAAGAUCUUGCAACUACCAUGUUGGAGUUGUGGAAUUUGAUGGAUACACCAAUUGGGGAGCAACAAAUUUUUCAGAAUGUGACCUGUAAAAUAGCCGCUUCAGAACAAGAAAUAACUGAACCGAACAUCCUCUCUGAGGAGUUUAUUAAUUAUGUUGAGGAGGAAGUGUCUAAACUUGAGGAUUUGAAAGCUAGUAAAAUGAAAGAACUUGUUCUGAAGAAGAGAUCAGAGAUGGAAGAGAUUUGCAGGCGGACACACAUGGUGGCAGAAAUAGAUAAUGGAAUGGAAUAUGCAAUUGAAGCUAUUGAAUCUGGAGCUGUGGACCCUGCCUGCAUUCUGGAACAGAUUGAACUUCAAAUUGCAAAGGUCAAAGAGGAAGCAUUUAGCAGGAAAGAGAUACUGGAAAAGGUUGAGAAAUGGUUGGCUGCAUGUGAAGAGGAGAGCUGGCUUGAGGAAUAUAACAGGGAUGAAAACCGUUAUAAUGCUGGAAGAGGUGCACAUCUUACAUUAAAGCGAGCUGAGAAAGCUCGUGCUGUGGUUAACAAACUUCCUGCAAUGAUAGAUGCACUGGGGACAAAAGUCAGAACAUGGGAGAGAGAAAGAGGCAUUGAAUUUUUAUAUGAUGGUGUCAGGCUUCUUUCUAUGCUCGAAGAAUACAAUAUUUUAAGGCAAGAGAAAGAGCAAGAAAGAAAAAGACAGAGGGAUCAAAAGAAACUCCAGGGACAAUUAAUUGCAGAGCAGGAGGCACUGUUUGGAUCAAAGCCAAGCCCAUCAAAGCCCCAGAGUGGAAAAAAAGGUCCUAGAAUGUCAAUUGGAGGUGCAAAUGGUAGAAGACUCUCACUUGGUGGAGCAAUGUUGCAAACUCCUAAACCUGAUCUGCCUCACCCUGCAAAACUUACUCCACAUUUACGCCCAAGCAAGAAGGGUGGUUUACUAAGCCACCACCAGGAUGAUAGUUGUGUAGCUUUGUCUGCAGGUAGGAGAGGCUUGGAUAUUGCUGGUCUCCCAGUAAAGAAGCACUCAUUCAAUGCUGCAAAUUCUCAUGAAAUUGAAUCACCCAUGACAAGAAAGCCAUUUUCCCCUCUCUCUGCAGCAAUGUUACCCAAGGUCAACCCAAAUUUUCUGGAAGAUCUAAACAAAGUGCAGGGUGGGACUAUGCAGAAAACACUCCCCAAUAGCAACACACCAUUGGCUACACCUUCCAAGUUGGCUUGCGUUACUGAUGAAGAUAACAGGACCCCCAAGGAGAAGAUGCCAAUUCCAAUGCCCACUACUCCUUCAACCAUUUCUGUAUCCAUGCAAACAGCUACCACCCCAGCCCCUGCAAUUGCCACUGUUCUUUUUGGUGCUAAUAAAAUUGAAGAUAACAGGACCCCCAAGGAGAAGAUGCCAAUUCCAGUGCCCACUACUCCUUCAACCAUUUCCGUACCCAUGCAAACAGCUACAACUCCAGCUCCUGCAAUUGCCACAGUUCUUUUUGGUGCUGAUAAAAUUGAAGAGAUGCAUGAAGAAGUUGAAUACUCCUUCGAGGAGAGGAGAGCUGGUUUUGUCAUUCCCAAAACACAUGUGAUAUCAGUAGUACAAGUUUGACAUGUUUGGACCUGAAUUAGAUUGGUUUCUCCUUUUUUUUUUUUUCAUUUACGCAUUGAAAGUCAACUGUAAUUGGCUUAUCUGGUUCCUGUACAUAGCUGAAAUGCACUUUGUCACAAAUCCUUGUCCUCUUCUGCUAUCUUAGAACAUCAUGAAUUUUUUGUAGCCAAAUAUAAUGAUUGUCUUCAAUCAGAACAUGAACCUGAUCUGCUUUAUCCUAAAUUUACUUCAUUGGAAUGUGAUA